GGUCUCAUCUGCUAACCCUUCAGACAUGGCUUCCACCUUCGCUGACCUUCCAGCAGAACUCACCGAAGCCGUGCUCGUCGCGUCCGCAGCCUCCGGGAACCCGAAUUCCAUAACAGCGCUUUCCCAGACCUGCAAGUUCUUCUACGACCUAAUCUACCGUUGUCCGGACCAACACCUCUGGCGGGAGAUAUUCCUUACUACUUUUGAUGAUCCCAGACCAGCUCUGAAUCAUUUGAGUACCAUUUCAGGUGGUCACCCUAGCUUGGAGUUCAACUGGACUCAAGAAUACAUUAACCGUAUUGGCGCAGCUAGGUAUAUCAGACGUCCGGUCCAAACGACGGCCCCAGUAAGUUCGCAGUCGGACAUCCCAACGUCAUUAUCUGUAGUGAAAGCACUACUCUCAGUCAUCACCACUUCCUUACCCUUCCCAUCAUCCCCGCCCAUAUCUCUCACCUUCCUAACUGACUCUCCCGAGUCCAAUUCUCGUUUCGCACCCAUGAUCAACUCUCCCCCAUUCCCACCCCUGCUUCUCCUGCUUACAGCCAAUUACAGUGCCCUGCUUGGUAGCGUCAAUGCGACGUGGCUUCAGGAUUUGUUGGAAAUCGGGUUCCCCCCUGAGCUCACACGCACGCUAAUGGCAAAACUAUCAUUCGAUGUCCAGGGUCAUGCGCCGUACCAGCCCACUCUAAGCUCCGCAUCGCACUGGAUCGGGUCAGAAGUCGGCCAGCUAUUCCACAAACUCAUCUGCUGUACCGGCUUUAUACCCAUUGCCGCACCAGCACCCGAGCUCGCAGACACGUCCAUUCCUGGAGCCUGGCCAGUAACAUCUACGUCGGCAUCACCAGACUCAGCAUCUGCCCUUGAUGAGAACGAAGAUAUGCCUGCCCUACCCAUCAUAUGCUCGCGCUCGUUAUACACCCCCGAAGGGCAGUCCGCGGAUGCCCGCACCCUCGCACGCAGGCGUGUCUACGACAUGCGCUACCUCGGACCCGCACGCAUGUGGGGUCCCUUCCACCCCGUGCGACGCGACACCACCGAUUCCCCCCAGUCAAACCAACUUGACAUCAUAGAUGAGGAUGAGAACGAAGAUAAUGACGAGGAAGACGAAGACGAGGAAGACGACUUGGGUCUGAUGCACUUGGGGUUGAUGAAUGGGCGCCGCGUCCCUGAUCUGAGUCCACCAAUCAAGCCAUAUGAACUCGUACCGGACUAUGUGUGGCUCGCGUCUGCGCGUAUCGUCGUGGAGGCGAAUUUGAGGGAGAUGUUUAGGCAGUCACCCUUCCUGACUGCGUUUUCGACAGGUGAUAUUUUGCCGUAUAUGCGCAAGAUGCAUACGAUGUGCAUAGGUGGGUCGCCUGGGUAUUGGGUUGCAUGGGAAAAUAGGCUCAGGGACGAGGAGGGAUCCGAGGGGAGUGGGAAGAGCAAGCAGGGCGAAGUUGAAGGAUGGGAUUGGGCGGGUGUGAGUGGUAUUUGGAAGCGAUGUGUUUGCUGGCUUGAUUACCGAGACCUCUUGGCUGGCUACUCCGAAUCCCCCAUCCCACCAGGCAGCACCACCCGCCCUCUCCCAACCAUCCACGUUGAGGGUGAAUCUAUAGGCAUAAUCAGCGAUGGAACUAUUCGAUGGCAGAUGGUAUCUACUGCAGCGGGGUCAGAUGAGCCAGAGUGGUCGUCAGAGGCGGUUCAAAUUGGGGGGCCGGGUGCGGCGGUUGGGUUUUUGGGGAUGUGGACGGGGGCGACGCAUGAGAGGCCGGACCCGCUUGGUCCAUUUUGGGCUUGGAAGGUCGCGUGAAAUGGACCUGCAGUAGCGGGUUGUGUGUGGAUGGGCGAUUAUGUAUGGUUCUAGCCAUUUGGUCUAGGUACUAGCCUAGUUUACAGGUCACUGUCAUUCAUCUCUUAUCUCUGUAUCACUCUAAUAAGAUUGAGGAGACAUCGUGACAUAUGUAUC